UUCAACCAGUUAGUUACCAACCAAACGUGCUAACGUUUAGCCGGCAUUUUUAGUUUAUUGUAAUUCAAGGAAAUUUAGAGGACAUCAUGGCGAAUUAUCAUAAACUGGAUGGCAAAGUUGUGCAAGAACUGAAAGACAUCGCCAACAAGUUGAGGAUCCAUUCCAUCAGCUCCACUCAAGUCGCAAAAUCCGGACAUCCCACAUCAUGCGCUUCUAUCGCGGAAAUUUUAUCCGUGCUUUUCUUCAACACCAUGCGUUACAAGGUUUCCGCACCAAGGGACCCAUCGAGCGAUAGGUUCGUCCUUUCAAAAGGGCAUGCCGCUCCUGCUCUAUACGCCGCCUGGGCUGAAGCCGGCCUUUUCCCAGUCAGCGAUUUAAACAACCUGAGGAAACUGGGUUCCGACUUGGAGGGUCAUCCUACCCCCAGGCUGAACUUCAUCGAUGUCGGCACCGGGUCUUUGGGACAGGGUCUUGCUAUCGCGAACGGCAUGGCUUAUGUUGGAAAGAAUUACGAUAAAGCUAGCUACAGGGUGUACUGUUUGGUUGGUGAUGGUGAAUCCGCGGAAGGUUCAAUCUGGGAGUCAGUCCACUUUGCUAGCUACUACAAGCUCGAUAAUCUCUGCCUUAUUUUCGAUGUAAAUCGUUUGGGUCAAUCAGAACCCACCUCUUUGGGACACGAUGUCGACACUUACCGUAAGCGUUUGGAAGCUUUCGGAUUCCAUGCCAUUGUCGUUGAUGGGCAUGAUGUUGAAGAGCUUAAUAAGGCCUUCCACACUGCCGCUACCACCAAGGGCAAACCCACUGCUGUGGUAGCUAAGACUUUGAAGGGAAAGAACUUCCCCAAAAUCGAGGAUUUGGAGAACUGGCACGGAAAGCCUUUGGGAGAACAUUCCGAUAAAAUUAUCUCCCACUUGAAGGGUAUGAUUAAGAACGCAGGACCUCUUCAAGUCCACCCUCAGAAGCCCUUAAAAGACGAUGCUUUCCCAGUUGACAUCACCAACAUCAAGCUGUCAUCUCCACCAGCUUACAAAAUUGGCGACUCUCUUGCCACCAGAGUAGCCUACGGAACCGCCUUGGUAAAAAUCGCACAAACCAAUCCGAGGGUAAUCGCUUUGGACGGCGACAUGAAAAACUCAACUUUCUCAGAAAACCUGAAGAAAUUUGACGCGUCCAGGUACAUCGAGUGCUUCAUCGCAGAACAAAGUUUAGUAGGUACCGCCAUCGGCGCAGCUUGCCGAGACCGUACCGUGCCGUUCGUCUCCACGUUCGCAACCUUCUUCACCCGUGCUUUCGAUCAAAUCCGUAUGGGCGCAAUCUCGCAAACCAACGUCAACUUCGUCGGUUCCCACUGCGGCGUCAGCAUCGGCGAAGACGGCCCCUCGCAAAUGGGCCUCGAAGAUUUGGCCAUGUUCCGCUCAAUCCCGGGCAGCACCAUCUUCUACCCAGCCGACGCUGUGUCCACCGAACGCGCUGUGGAACUGGCCGCCAACACCAAAGGCAUCACGUUCAUCAGAAUCAACAGGCCCAACACUACCGUCAUCUACCCCAACGAUCACGUGUUCGCCGUCGGCAAAGCCGAAGUGGUCCGCUCCAACCCCAAGGACCAGUUGGUCAUCAUCGGAGCCGGCAUCACUCUCCAAGAGGCCAUAACAGCCUCGAAAAAAUUGUCCGCCGUAGGAAUCGGCGCCAGGGUAAUCGAUCCGUUCACCGUCAAACCGCUCGACAAGAACACCAUCAUCGAAAACAUCAAGGAAGUCGGAGGUAGGGCCAUCGUCGUCGAAGACCACUACUUCGAGGGUGGAUUGGGAGAAGCAGUUCUCUCCGCCACUGCUAUGGAGAGAAACAUCAUCGUCAAACACAUCGCAGUACCAAGAGUACCGAGGUCAGGACCACCAGCAGCCCUUUUGGACAGAUACGGACUCUCCGCCGAUCACAUUGUGACCGCCGCACAAGAAAUUUUGAAAAUGUAAUUUGUUUGUAUAUAUUUAAAUAUGUACGUCAUAAUCAUACAUUCCAUACUAUCACUAAAUCAUUAACGGUUAU